GGUCGGGACUGGGGUGAAGGGGCAGGCUGAAGAGCGGCUAGCGGGGAGUCGUGCCAUAAGCCGGGACGGGUACCCGGGCCCGAGUCCAGAAGCACGAUGCUGCACCAGGGCCGGCGGAUCCUGGUCGGCUUCUCGGGCUACUGGAAGCCCCUCUUCAAAGGCCGGCUCCUGCUGGUCACCAACACGAUGGGCAGCGGGACGCUCAUGGCGACGGGGGACACUUUGCGGCAGACGUGGGAGAUCCGGAACAAGCCUAAGCAAGAGCGGGACUUGGGUCGCACAGCUAGGAUGUUUGCUGUGGGAUGCAGUAUGGGUCCCUUCCUCCACUACUGGUACCUCUGGCUGGACAAACUGUUACCAGAAAUGGGAUUUAAAGGCAUCAAAAGCAUCCUGAAGAAAGUGCUCAUAGACCAGCUGGUGGCAUCCCCAGUCUUGGGCCUGUGGUACUUCCUGGGGUUAGGCUGCUUGGAGGGGCAGAGCAUGGAUGAGAGCUGUCAGGAACUGCAGGAGAAGUUCUGGGAGUUUUACAAGGCUGACUGGUGUGUGUGGCCAGCGGCACAGCUGGUGAACUUUCUGUUCGUGCCUUCCCAUUACCGAGUGAUGUAUGUGAAUGGGAUGACGUUGGGCUGGGACACCUACCUCUCCUACCUGAAGUACCGGGACCAGCUCCCCUCAAUUCCUGAGGCUGAACCCUCACCCGGCUGUGUAGCCUUGACUGCCCGCACAGACUGAAGAGCCGUCUUCAGGAGGGGCCGGGCCACGGGUGCAGCGGGGAAUCUUCCCAGGCAGGACUGAGGUUUAAUCGGCUUUUCCUGACUUCUUUGGGGAGGAGAGAAGCACUAACAGAGAAAAUUCAAAGAUUCACUCUCAACUUGUCCAGCCUCACCAUGAAGCUGGGCUGCCUGGGGGGACCUGCAAUCCCAACUUAUUUCCCUGGGGUUUUUUUAACUAGGGAUUCCCAAACACCUUACAGAUCUAGGACCAAGUGUGGCAGCUAUUGGGAUUGAGGGGGGGCCAGACCAGGGUAAAGAGCCCAAGUGCCUGGAAGGAGCCAGAAAGUCAGAGGCAGAGUCCAGCACAAGCUGGAGUCCUCAUGCCUCCCCAGCCCCUGCUGCAAGCAAGAGGCAGAAGAGCAAUGGCUUUAUCCUCCCUGGAGACUUAAGCAAGGAAGGAGGGAUGUUACAGGAUUACUGCUGGUCAAAUCAUGUCUCUGACUGCCAUUUCCUUGUUUUACGGCUUCUUGUUUCUGGGGGUGGGGAGGGAGAGGGUGAGAGAAUCUGGUUCUCCAGUAUUUUCUUCAGUGCUAAUAAAGAAUCUAAUCCAGAUA